GUUACGACUCCUGAGAGGCCCAUAUCCAGUGCUGAAGAACUUGAAGCUGCUGUAUAGUGUCAACCAACAAGACACCGAAAUUGGCCGUGGCAUCCACCGAGAUCGCUCGGCUGUGUUCAUCCCGCCGGGUAAUCCAUGGCUCCGCGCUAGGGUUUAGGGCUUCCUCGCCCAAUUCCAUCCGCCUCUCGGAGCUGCACCCUUGCGGAGGCAGGAUCGAUCGGUUUGGAUGGAGGACGGGGACGCCGAGGCGGCCCAGAGGGACGCGAUCACCGCGAGGAUGCGGGGCCAGGACUACGCCGGCGCGAGGGAGCUGCUGCUGCAGACGCUGCAGACCAACCCCAGGCUGGAGGGCGCCCUGGAGAUGCUCCCCGUGCUCGAGGUCCUCUGCGCCGCGGCCAAGGCGCUUGCCGGCCCCGGCCGUGGCGUGGACUGGUACAGGGUCCUCCAGGUGCUGCCCGGGGACGAUGCUACCAGGAUCCAGGCGCGGUACAGGAGCAUUGUGGCUCAGCUGGAGCCGAUCGGGAGCGAUCUGCCCGGCGCUGAAUUGGCUCUCCGGCUUGUCAGGGAGGCGUAUGCGGUGCUGUCUGAUCCGGAGAAGAGAGAGGGGUUCGAUUCCAGGGACAUUUUUGCUCGGUUUGUUCGUUCUGGUGUUGUUGCCGCACCAACUCCUGAUAGUGCAAUGGUCCAUUCUGACAAGCUCAACAGGCUUCACACAAGGGAUAUUAUGACAGCAGAUUUUACAAGCAAUGCAGUCUCACUCUCACAUGUUCAGCACACCGACAAAUCAUGUUUUGACGAGAGGAACUCACAUCUUCCAAAUGUGGCUAGUUCUUCUAGAACUAAGAGGAUGGAUCCUUGCUUUCUAGGUGAUGAUGGUGACUUGCAGCCACCUGAUGACAACCAUGUUGACAAGAAGCAAAAGAGUGUCUGUGAAGAGGACCUUUAUUAUGUGUCCCCCUCACAGGAAGAUUUGGAUGCCUUCUCUUAUGUUCCGUCAGAUGCCAAAGAAGAUGAACACUGCUCUAGCAAACAGUAUGAUUAUCAUAACUUUGAGGAAGAUAGGGCGAUAGAGAACUUUGCUACUGGCCAGGUUUGGGCAGCAUAUGACUGGGAGAGGUUUCCUCGCAGAUAUGCACUGAUAACUAAAGUAUUAAUGGAUAAAAUGCAGUUAUAUGUCUCAUGGUUCAACCCCUGUCUGCAAUCUGAUGAAGAGAGGAAAUGGUCGUGUGCAGGCUUGCCAUUGGUUUGUGGAACUUUUGCUGUGGAAGAAUGCCAUAUCUCAUUAGCUUGCCCAACUAUUUUCUGCCAUCAGAUAUCCAGUGAUAGCCUGAAUCAACGUCUUGAAGUAUAUCCCCAGGAAGGUGAGGUAUGGGCCAUAUACAGUGACUGGGAUAUUGGGUGGUGCACUGAUCCUGAGAUGUGGAAGAAGAGUGCCUUCUCUAUUGUUGAAAUUCUUACUGGUUAUUCAAAAGAGUCAGGUUGCACCGUUGCACACUUGGUAAAGGUAGAUGGACAUGGAAGUGUUUUCCAGAGGCAUUUGAAGAGUGGAACAGAGCACUUGUUACAAAUACGCAGUGACAAUCUACUCAUGUUUUCUCACAGGAUCCCGUCUUUCAGAUUUACUCCUGAGGCUGAACCUAUGUUUGAGCUUGAACAUUCUGCAGUUCCACAAACACUGCGCCAAGAACAUGCAUUGCCAUGUAUUUCUACUUUGUCUUUUUCAGGUUUACAUGAUGACACGAACAGCUUUCCUGAAACUGCUGUUGCACAAUUCUCAAAUCCUUCAACAAGCAAAAUGGAUUCAGGUGCCCCGUUGCAAGCCACGGUGAGCUGCAAUAACAAGUUGUCCCCCAAUGAUUUCCUGGAGGGCCAGAUAUGGGCUGUAUUUGAUUCUCGGGACCGGAUGCCUAGGUCUUAUGUCAGAAUAAUCCGUGUGGUUUCAUGUACUUCAGUUUUUGUGUUGAAAUUGGAACCUCACCCUAUGCUUAAUGAAGAGAUACGGUGGGUUGAAGAUGGUCUACCGGUUGCUUCUGGGGUAUUUCGUGCUGGUACUGAAACUACUUACAAGGACAUCUGGGAAUUCUCUCACCCUGUAGAGUGUGAUUGGAGCGCAAAGAGGUCUUUCUACCGAAUUUUCCCAAAGAAAGGGGAAAUAUGGGCCAUGUACAAAAACUGGAAGGUCACCUCGAAUAGCAAUGAUAUUGAUAGCUGUGAAAUUCGCAUGGUUGAGAUCCUCUCAGACUACUCUGAUGAAAAUGGAGUCAAUGUGGGCAGCUUGGUUAGGGUAAAAGGUUGCUUGACCUUUUUUCAUAGGUUAGUAAUGGAAGAUUUCCAUUUGACAAGAUGGAUUCCAAGGUCUGAAAUGCUCAGGUUGUCGCAUCGUGUUCCUGCUUUCAUUGUUGUUGGAAUCAAAGGUCAUGAUAUACCAAAAGGGUCCUGGCAUCUGGAACCAAGUGCCCUUCCUACAAGGAUCAUACAUUAACACAUGUAUAGUAGCAAUGUAGCCAAUAACCUUUCUCUAUUGCUCCAUUUUAAAUAGUUUUACUUAGUGAUCUUGCCCUCAUUGUUUUAUUUGUGAAGAGAACUAUUUGAUCAACGCUUCCUAAUUAUAAUGCCUUAUCAAUUGCAGAUGAGGACUGGCAGGUGUUAAAAUUUAGGAAAAUGAGUUUUUUUAACCAUGAAAAAUAAGAUGAUACAUUGCAAAAUGAGAAAAUAAUGUAACUGAAAUCAGGGUUUACCAUAGCAUCAUUUUAGCGUUGCUAUCAAGUAUCAACUGCCCAGUUACACUGCCACAGGCUCUCCAGUUGGGUUAUCUGUUGAUCGGCCCUUCUGUUCUUUUAGUUGCUUCUUGAUGAGCAUUGUGUGCAAUCGUCAUCUACUUUGACCCUAAUUGUUAUUUGGUGUAAUGGAAGCAUGAAGACGUAGAAACAAGAGAAUGAUGUCUUCUAUAGUCACCCUCUAAAGCUGUUUGAAGGUCCACAUCAGCACAAUAUCAAUCAAGUACUACUGAGUACUGACUUUGUGAAUACACUAAAGAUUCCUUUUUCUUGUUAUUUGGAUCUCCUGUAAGGCUUGUUAGUUGUUAGGUACUUAAUUUCUGUCUUUACUUUGAGCUAAACCUAUAUAUACAUUCAUAUGUCAACACUGUGAUAUUUACUGUUCCAACACAACAGUUGGAUUUUGAUAAAUAUCUCCAGCGAGGGUCACUGAAUUUGGUCCAA